CGUCGUCGUCGUCAUCCUCGGCAUCAAUUAGCAUCAAUCAUCAUCAUCAUCUUGUCUGAAAAUACCAUGAGCCACCAAAGGGUGAAGAUUACUUCCAUCGCCGCCACCACCAACCCUUCCAUUCAAGGAACCACAAGAUUCUUCCCCUGAGGAAAUUUUUUUAAUUAAUAGCAAUAAUGCCAACAAGGAGACCAUAAAGAAAAGUUUCAGACCAAAACCACUUUCCCACUUCCCUUAUCUUCAUGUUCUUCCUCCCCACCAUCUCCUCCUCCUCUUCCUCCACCGCCCACACCGACGGCGACGGAUUCUUGAACACCCAUUUCGCCGAAUCAGCUCUGAGCUCAUAAAACUCUCCCAAGAGCAAGAAGCCCGCUUGAUUUCUUGAAUUGGGCAGAGAGAUCACGAGGAAAAAAUCUUGGGCACGCGUUCAAAGAUCCGGCAUUGUCACUGAUGAAGCAAAUCUCGCAUCUUGACAACAUACCUUCCACGCCGGGCAAGUUCAAGAUGGACAAGUCCCCCUACAACCGCCUGAGGUGGCACUCCUCCCUCGCCAAGCUCACAUUCUGGUCCUUCAUAUUCCUCGCCCUCAUCUUCAUCUUCUUCUUCCGAUCCCCGUCCUCCUCCACCCCGCAGGCCCUCUCUGAUCCCUCCCGCCGCUACCUCCAGAACUACAGCUGGGGCGGCGCCGCCUGGGAGAAAAGGGUCCGGUCCUCAGCCCGCAUCCGGUCCCGGAACGGCAUGUCGGUGCUCGUCACCGGCGCCGCCGGCUUCGUCGGCACCCACGUCUCCGCCGCCCUCAAGCGCCGCGGUGACGGCGUCCUUGGGCUUGAUAACUUCAACGACUACUACGAUCCAUCCCUGAAGCGCGCCCGCCAGGCGCUGCUGGAGCGGGCCGGCGUGUUCAUCGUGGAGGCGGACAUCAACGAUGAGGCCCUCUUGAAGAAAUUGUUUGAGGUUGUGGCCUUCACUCAUGUGAUGCAUUUGGCCGCUCAGGCUGGAGUGAGGUAUGCAAUGGAGAAUCCGAGCUCUUAUGUGCAUAGCAACAUUGCUGGUCUUGUUAACUUGCUUGAGGUCUGUAAGUCUGCCAAUCCGCAGCCUGCAAUUGUUUGGGCAUCCUCUAGUUCUGUAUAUGGACUCAAUACCAAAGUGCCCUUUUCGGAGAAAGAUCGGACAGACCAACCCGCUAGCUUGUACGCAGCCACAAAGAAGGCCGGCGAAGAAAUUGCACACACGUAUAAUCAUAUCUAUGGUCUAUCUUUGACAGGUUUACGGUUCUUCACCGUUUAUGGCCCUUGGGGAAGGCCUGAUAUGGCCUACUUUUUUUUCACUAGAGACAUAUUGAAGGGAAAGUCUAUUUCGAUCUUCGAGGCCGCUAACCACGGCACGGUCGCGAGGGAUUUCACCUACAUUGACGAUAUUGUAAGGGGAUGCUUAGCGGCUCUGGAUACUGCGGAGAAGAGCACAGGAAGCGGGGGGAAGAAGAAAGGACCGGCCCAAUUGAGGGUGUAUAAUUUGGGGAAUACUUCACCGGUUCCUGUUUCCGACCUUGUCAGCAUCUUAGAGAGGCUUCUAAAAGUGAAAGCCAAGAGGAACAUCCUGAGGUUGCCGCGGAAUGGGGACGUGCAAUAUACUCAUGCCAACAUCAGCUCGGCUCAGCGGGAGCUGGGAUAUAAGCCGACCACGGAUCUUCAGGCCGGUUUGAAGAAAUUCGUCCGAUGGUACCUCAGAUUUUACGCCGAUGGCAAGAAGAGCGGCGUAUGACAUUCUUUUGGUUCCAAAACAUUAGCUUUCUCUCUAGAUGCUAUUGGCUAUGAUUCUUAUGGCCAAUUUCUAACAUUUAUGCGUUCAUUUCCACGAUUGUUGUCUGUGCCUAUAUAAUAGGGGUGCCCGUAUCAGAGGGGAGUCUCACCGCAGUAUGAAGUUUUAUGGUGUAAAUGGACAUUGUUUGCAGAGAAUCCCCCCUAGCUGUAUCAGAUAAAAUGAACCACCUUUCCUUUGAAUUCUUUUUUAAUCAUUGGGGAAUGUAAUUCUUGUAGUUUUGGGUUGUAGAAUUAGUGAUUCAUAGAACAUAUGAGGAUGGAUGGACAUGUAUCCUUUCCAUGAAGUUUCAAUAAAAAAGAGGAGACAUUCUAAUUUA